AUUGUCAGAGAAAAUUGAUUCUUCUAUUUAUGUGUCCUCUUCACUUGAUGUUAAUCAGUUGUUUUCUUUUCUCUUUUGAAAACAAUUUCUAUCUCUCCAUUUGAAUUGUUUCUUUUUCUCCCUUUUCUUUUUUCUUUCCUCUGAGUGUGUUUUUUUCUCUCUCUCUCUCAACGAUUAUAUUUAUUUAUUCAUCUUCCAUAUUGAUAUGGCUGAUGAUGAAUGUGAUUCCCCUUAUUUGGCAUCUAUUGUCUCAAGUCGACGAAUUGCUAAACCAGUGCUCUCAUUUUCCCGUCGACUUCUCAUCAAUGAUGAAAAUGAAUUAGCCUCUCCACUGGUUGUUAGACGCGUUCCACUUAAAAGGACUGACACUUCGGCCAUGUCACCCUCUGUUCUUGGCUUAGCCAAUAAAAAAUGUCGCCUCAAUUCUGCUAAUAAGGUUUCUAAUGUAACUCUCUCAUCUCCUAUUGUAAUCAAUAGUUCAUCAGUUAAUCAACAAGCUCAACAACAGAAAUCAGAACAUCCUGUUGAACAAUCGCCCACCAAGAUGAAAGAAAAGGAAGAUUUAAUUAUGAAAGCAGUUCAACUUUCCGAACAGGAUCCUGAUCUAAUUGGCGAUUUCAGUUUACCUUAUGCUUUACCUGUUUGCUCUGGUAAACACAGUGAUCUCAAAACAAUUAAACCGGAAACACUUGCUGCUCUUCUUCGUGGUCAAUAUUCCAAUAUAAUUGACCAGCACACCAUCAUUGAUGGAAGAUAUCCUUAUGAGUUUGAAGGAGGUCACAUUAUUGGAGCCAAAAAUAUCUACAAUAAGUUGGCUCUUCUUCGUGAAUUUUUGGACAAUCAACAGGAGAAUAUAAUUCAAACUAACGAUGAAAAUAAAAAGGAUGUUAAAAAACACCGACACAUUUUAAUAUUCCACUGCGAAUUCUCAUCAGAACGUGGUCCCAGUCUAUCACGAUUUUUGAGAAACAAAGACAGAGAAAUCAAUACUUCUCGAUACCCUCAACUCUACCACCCAGAGAUUUACAUUUUAGAUGGCGGAUAUAAAGCCUUUUUUGAAAAGUUCAAGGAUCUUUGUACACCACAAACAUAUCUCCCAAUGCUCUCGAAAGACCAUAAAGAGCAAAUGAAACAAUUUCGAGUUAAAUCGAAAAGCUGUAACCUGGAAGCCGCCAAAAUGACCCACCAACAUAAAGAAACAAAAGUACCAAAAUCACCGGCUGGAGUUGAACAAUUAUCCCCACCAAAAGAAGUAGAAACCGAGACGAACAAUGAAAAAAAAUCGAAUUAAUCACAGAAAUCAACUGUUAGAAUGAUGAUUUGAUUACAAUAAAGACAAUGAUAAGAUCGAUCAA